ACACCUUUCAUGCACUUCAAUACUUCUCUCUAUCACUCUCCAAUUACAACUACAAGAAGAAGAAGAAGAAGAAGAAGAAGAAAAAACAGAAAUGGUUUGCUUUUGCUUUCUCGUGGAUCAGACUCGUCAGAUACGGCGGAGCAAACCGGCUGCCGGAUUUUGUUCCCGGUGUGGCGGCGGAGCCAGCGUCGCCGACAUGAAGACCGCUACAAGAUUCUGUUUCGUCCCAUUUUAUUGGAGGUCUUGGAGAGCCAUUAUUUGCACUUUUUGUGGAGCUAUUAUCAGAUCCUAUCGCUAACCUUUUUUCUUCUUCUUCUUUUUCUUCUUCUUUUUCUUCUUCUUCUUCUUCUUCUUCUUCUUCUUCUUCUUCUUUUUUAUUUAGAAUAACUUCUCUAAUUUUUCUUGAUUUAGUUAAUUAAAUCCCUAAUCCCAUAUUGUAUUGGAGAAAUUUUUCCGAUCUUUUCACGUUUCAUUGUAACAACAGUUUCUUGAUUAUAUAUAAUUUUAAUGAUGUUCAUAUUC